CGUAAUGAAAUAUGAUGUUGAGCGAUGAUCAAUUGUGGACAGAUUACCUUUUCAUAAAAAGAAUUUUCAAUUAUAAAAAUUUAGAAUGUUAAAUUAAAUACCAACCCUUGUAGAAGAUAAUGAAUUUUGAAUUUGAUAAGUGAAGUUGAUUAUACCAAAAUAUUGUAGUUUGUUCGCCUUUAAUUGCUGUUGACGGAAAAUAACAAUAUGUGUCGAUCAAAGAUAAAUAAUGGAUAUAGAUAAGAUAAAUAAUGCUUAUUACUAUUGGUGUAUUUUCAAUACGUCUGUUUAGCAUUACAGUCCACAAUUUUCCUACAUUACUCCAUUACAUUAUUACGUACAUAGAUUUCUGAACUCUCGAUCAUCCAAUUAACCCUUCACUAAACUUCUUUAUAUCUGAGAUCAUCUGGCGCCAUUCAUCAGUAUAUUAUUUUCUGCUUGUCUACAACUACGUAUAAACGUAUCGGGUCAAAAUAAUCACUAGCAGUAUCCAUCGAAAUUCUUAUGUAUUUCAGUAUAAGCAUUUACAAGUAAUGAAAUGUGAAGUAUUUGUUGUUAACAGCUACGCUUCCGAUAUUGCAUAGUCAAAAAAUUAAGAAAUAAAACAGUUUUAAAUAAAUGACAGAAUAAAGGAUAUACCACUGUUCAAAAUUAUAGAGAGAGAGAGAGAGAAUAAAACAUGAGCAAAGAGAGAAAAUCAAGAUCCAAACAUAUAUACACUUAUAUUAACGACUAAAUAGAUUUUUAUACUGUAAUAAUAGCAUUAAAUAAUAUUCUAGGAAAACUGAGAUUGUUUUUUUGUCUCAUAUAAUGUCGUUUCCUGUCUUCUCUCUCUCCUCCGAGUAUAAUCUAUCGUUUUUUUAUUGACUCAGGUAUGCAUAGAGAGAAGAAUGAACACCACGGGCACAGUUAAUCUCUACGAAAAGGUUAUGAAUGUUUUGGCUUGUUUGCUCUCUUUGUCUUCCUUCUUAAUACAUGUACAUUGGACAAGGGACAGUGAGAAAAAAUUGAUAAAAAUGUUUUUUUUUCGUAUCAGUUUAUUUUUAUUAAUUUUAUUAUUAGUCGAUUUUGUUGAAAAUCAAAUGGCUGUUGGUAAUUUUGAUUUACAAACAUUACAGUGUUGGCGUUGUGAACCAAAAGAAUGUCAUAGACAUUUUGAUUUUACUCAACAUCGAAUGGAAAGUUGUGAUGGAAAAUGUUGGAAAUCAUUUGAAGUUAUAGAAACAAAAACAAAAGAAGAUCGUGAGAAAGCAGAAGAAACACCGGCACUUCGACAAUGUUUUUCGAGUGAAGAUCUAACAAAAGCGUCGACAAUUGGUUUAAAUACAGCGAACGGUUGUCGUGAUGUUAAAAUGCGUGAAAAAAUCAAAAAAUUUUGUUUUUGUGAUAGUAACAUGUGCAAUGGUACUAAGAAACUUUAUUCAUCCGUGGUAUUCGUUGUUAAUUUUCGCAAUGUUAUGAAUAAAUUCUCAGUUCGAACUGUAAUCAGUACUGUAUCACGAUCAACAAUCGUUUCAAAAUAA